GGGCGGCGGCAGACGGCGGCCGGGUCACGUGCUGCUAAGCUGGCCGCGCCGUCGGCGGGGCUGCAGCUGCGGGAACGGCGACAGCAGGCGCGGGGAUACGCUAAGCCCCUCGCCCCGGAGCAGAUGAUGCAUUUCUUGUGCUCAGCGAUGAAAGGCACCUUCCUGGCCAUCAGGCUUCACUACGGAAGACACGAGCAGUAUGCCACAAAUUCGAGAGUGGCAGGGGGCAGAACUCAAAUUGAAAUCAUCCCCUGCAAGAUCUGUGGCGAUAAAUCAUCAGGAAUCCACUAUGGUGUAAUCACUUGUGAAGGUUGCAAGGGGUUCUUCCGGAGAAGCCAACAGAGUAAUGCCACCUACUCGUGCCCGCGGCAGAAGAACUGUCUGAUUGACCGAACGAGCCGGAACCGGUGCCAGCACUGUCGAUUACAGAAGUGUCUGACGGUGGGAAUGUCUCGUGAUGCUGUCAAGUUUGGUCGGAUGUCCAAGAAGCAGAGGGAUAGUCUGUACGCUGAGGUACAGAAGCAUCGCCUGCAGCAACAACAGAGGGACCACCCCCAGCCCCCUGGCGAAGCUGAGCCCCUAACCCCACCUUAUAGCAGCCUGGCAGAACUGAACAACGACCUCAGCAACCUGUACAUGGAUGGGCAGGCAGCGGAACUGGGCAAGGCAGACUCAGCGAUGAACAACCUCUACCUGGACAUCCAGCCGUCUCCUGACCAGUCCGGUCUAGACAUUAACGGCAUUAAACAGGAGCCCAUUUGUGAAUAUGCAACAGCCCCAGACUUCUUUCCCUACUGCUCCUUCACAGAUGGUGAGACGUCUCCGACUGCCUCAAUGGCAGAGCUAGAACACCUUGCACAGAACAUUGCCAAAUCCCACAUUGAGACCUGCCAAUACCUCCAGGAGGAGCUGCAGCAACUAAUGUGGAAAACGUACAUGCAGGAGGAGCUGGAAAUUUAUUUGAACAAGCCCAGGGAGGUGAUGUGGCAGCUAUGUGCGAUCAAAAUCACAGAAGCAAUUCAGUAUGUGGUGGAGUUUGCCAAGCGCAUCGAUGGAUUCAUGGAGUUGUGUCAAAAUGACCAGAUCGUACUUCUGAAAGCAGGUUCUUUAGAAGUUGUGUUUGUCCGAAUGUGUCGAGCGUUUGACUCCCAGAACAACACCGUGUAUUUUGACGGGAAAUUUGCUGGACCUGAUGUCUUCAAGUCGCUGGGUUGUGAUGACUUGAUCAACUCUGUCUUUGAAACUGGCAAAAGUCUGUGUGCGCUGCACUUGGUGGAGGAUGAGAUCGCCUUGUUUUCUGCUUACGUAUUGAUCUCAGCUGAUCGUCUAUGGCUUCAGGAGAAGAUUAAAGUUGAGAAGUUGCAGCAGAGGAUCCAGCUGGCCCUUCAGCACCUUCUACAGAAACAUCACCGAGAGGAUGGCAUUCUGACCAAGCUCCUAUCUAAAGUGACCAUGUUACGAGCACUGUGCAAUCGACACACUGAGAAGCUCUCCUCAUUUAAAGCAAUACACCCAGACAUUGUGCGCGUGCAUUUCCCUCCACUGUACAAGGAGCUGUUCAGCUCUGAGUUUGAGCAAAUUAUGCCAACAGAUGGAUAAUCACUGGCACCAGUAGACAUCGCAACUU